GAAGACUCGCAAAAACCGGAGGAACAGAGCUUCAUCGAACCCACCAUGGGGGACACAAAGCUCUGCCUUUUGCUGCUUCUGUGCACCCAUGCCUUUGCCCAAGAGGACAUUGGGAGUGCAGAAGAAGAAGCUGCACCAUGCUUGUUGGCAAAAAGGUUUAAAACCUUAAGGAACUAUGUGUACCAGUAUGAAACUGAAGCCCUCAAUGGAGUGAGUGGAGCAUCAAACCUCAAGAACGGCGCCAAAGCCUCUUGUAAGGUCGAGAUCGAUGUGCCUCAGACAUGCAGCUACAUUGUGCGCACCUCCGAGUGCACACUGAGCGAGGUGUCCGACGUCGACGCCGAGGGGCUGCCUGUGUACGGACCUGCUGCUGGAGCUGAUGCUUUCCAAGCUGCCAUGGCACUUCAUCCACUGAAGUUGACUGUGGAGGGGGAAUCCAAGGUCAGCCUGUUUCCUGAUGAGGAUGAGCCCAUCAACAUCCUCAACAUCAAGAGAGGAAUCAUCUCUGCCCUCUUGGUGCCCGUGCUGGAGGAGGAGAAAAACAAAAACAUGCCUACUCUGCAUGGUUUGUGCAAGACUGACUUUGCUGUCAAUGCCAGGGAAGACAUUGCCACCGAUGUCACUGUCACAAGACGCCUGUCCCAUUGUGAUGGCUUCAGUCCCAAGAAAGAGUUUGCCAGCCCCCUGGCACUCAUAUCUGGCCUGCACAUUCCUCUCUCCAAACUGAUCAGCAGCACCCAGACCUGCAACUACAAAUUUGACAAUGAACAGAAGCACAUGACUGAGGGAACCUGCACUGAGAAACACAUCUUGCUGCCUUUCUCUCACCAAGAGCAAUAUGGAGUUUUAACCCUGGUUAAACAGACCUUGGCCCUGCAGGAGACAAGCAAGAUCAAUGACAGAGUCUUUGACCACAAUGAGGCUAACCUGAAGGCCCUGCAAAUGGAGGCUGUUGAAGAUAAGUCCCCAGCUCAAACUAAGGAUGUUAUUCUGGCCACUCUGAGGGAAUUAAGCACCCUGUCUCAGACACAGCAAGGGAAACGGCGGGCACACCUCUUCCAGAAGCUUGUGACUGAGGUCCGAGGACUGAAGAGUGAGACCCUGAGCCCAGCUGUCCCAGAGAUGGUGGAGGUGUCUGCUCCCCUGACUUGGCAGGCUUUGGCCCAGUGUGGAACACCCGAAUGCAGCAGCGCCAUCCUGCAGAUCCUGCGCACCAUGGACAAAAGUGCUGUGGAGGUUGAUGCUGUCGUUUAUGCAGUGGGGCUGCUGCCCAACCCCAGCAGCCACUUAGUCCAAGACAUGUUGAGCAUGGCGCAGUACAAACAGAGCAAGCCUAUUCUGUACGGCCUUAGCAACAUUGUUAGGAGAGUUCACCAGAUUGAGGGAAAGGUCACCCCUGAGAUCAUUGCAGUAUCUGAGUAUAUGGCCACCUUGCUGGGUGAUUGCUCUGGUGACAAAGAUCAGACCUUCUUGACCCUGAGGGUGAUUGGCAACAUGGGACAGGCUAUGGAGGCUGCUAACCCUGCUCUGAAGUCUGCCAUGCUGCAGUGCAUGACACAGCCUGCCGCCACGCCAACUGUCCAGCAAGCUGCCAUCCAGGCCUUCAGAAAGCUGACAGUCACCGAGGAGGCUCGUGGAGUGCUCCUGCAGACCGUCCUGGAUGGGGCAAGCCCUGUUCAAAAGCGUGUGGCUGCCUACCUGGUGCUGAUGAAGGACCCUGAGCCUUCUGACUUGGCCCAGGUCAUAAGCGCACUGCCAGAUGAGCAGGACCCUCAGGCCAAGAGCUUUGUUGCCUCCCAUCUGGCCAACAUUCUCAGUUCCACAGACCCUGCAUCUCUCCCGAUGAAGGAAAAGAUCACAGAGGCUCUUCAGGGAAAUGAGGUGCCAUCCGCUUUGGAAUUCAGCAAGUUCUCCCGAAACUACAAGAUGAGUGACAAUUUGAAAGGAAAUGUGAUCUUUGACUCCACUGGCUACCUGCCCAAAGAAAUCAUGCUUGAGACGACCCUGAAGGCUUUUGGUUAUGACCUUGACAUGUUGGAGGUUGGAUUGAAUGGAAAAGGAUUAGAACCAACGUUUGAGGCCCUAUUUGGACAAGAUGGAUUCUUCCCUGACACCUUGUCAAAGGCCGUUUACUGGGCUGGAGGCAACAUGCCAGCAUCCGUGAACACACUUUUAAAUAAAAUGAUUCCACCACUGAAUGGGAGAAUGAAGAGACAGGUGCCUGAAAAUAUCCUGAAAGAAAUAAGCCACAAUGUCAACAAACUGGUGGGGGAACUGAAGACUCAGUCUCCUGAUGCUCUGGUCUAUCUAAAACUCUUGGGAGCUGAGCUUGGAUUCAUCAAGACCAAUGAAAUGGAAGAAAUGGCCUACUCUGCUGCCCUGUUAGCCGAUAAUCUCCUCAAGAUGUUUCCCACUGAUAUCAGGAAGCUUAUUUCCAGCAUUGAUAAUGAGUUCUUUAUUCACUACAUCUUCAUGGACAAUGAGUUCUCCCUGCCAACUGCUUCUGGUGUCCCGCUGAAAGUCUCUCUUUCCGGUACCCUUGCCCCUGGAGCCAAAGGAGGACUGCACCUAACCCCUGGACUGCAGGAAAUAUCUUUCAUGCCUUCUGUUGGAGUGGAAUUUGUGACAGAGAUGGGCGUCCACAUUCCUGAGUUUGUCAUCUCUGGCGUUGCCAUGCACACUAACAUCUACCAUGAGAGUGCCCUCAAUGCCAAGCUUGCAUUGAGCAACAACCAGAUCAAGCUUACUAUCCCAGCUCCUCAGGGUACCACCCAGCUCUUGGAAAUCAGCAAUAAACUGCUGUCAGUGACCACCACUGAGUCCAGGGCCCUGCCACCAAUAACAGAGGAAAGAACUGACUUUGUGAAGUGCAUCCCAGCAUUACCUGGCAUUAAGUCCUGUAUCACCCUGAAAUACCCUGGCUCGACUGAUGCUGCUCCCUAUUUCCCACUCACUGGAGAGACUGAGGUUGCUGUGGAGCUUGAGCCCACUGGUCAGGUGACUGAAUACACUGCCACCAUUGCCUAUGAACUCCUAGCAGAGGGAGAGGUUCCAGAAAAAGUGGACGCCCUGAAGAUUUUACUCGUAGCAGAGGGUGCAGAGCCCAUGGAAGCUACAGCAAUUUUGAAGUACAACAGGAACACGAAUGUUCUCACCACUGAUGUCCAGAUUCCUGAUUGUGACAUAGAGGCUGGAGUUAGACUUGGCAUCACUGAUGAUAGCAUCAAUGGAAAGGGGAUCAUGAUUGAAAUCACACACAAGAACAUCCCUCAGGUUUCCCUGAUUGGACGUGCUAAGCUUGAGGCAAUGAAGGAUGGUAUGCUGCAGGUCCAGCUGGCCAUACCCUCACUCAAGACCGAUGCUACUCUCACUGCUGCCCUGAAGAGGGCUGAAGACCUGACUCUGGAGAUCGAGAGCAUCAUCAACAUCCCUGAGACGUCCUCACUGCAGAAAGUCACUGUCAGAUAUGAUGAGAAUCAGAUUGAGGUUGAGCUGAAGUCUGAUCUGAACUCAGAGGUCCAUAAACUUCUUCAAAAUAUUGAUGAAUACCAGAAGAUCAUCCAGAACAUUUUGGAUCUGACAGUGACGCAGACCGACAUGACAGUGCGCCACAUUGUGUCCAAGUCCAUUGAGGCCACUAACAUCUGGCUGGACAGGGCUGUUGCUGAUGCCCCUGUUCCCAUCAUUGAGAGUCUCAGACAAAUACCAGAAUUAUACCUGCCUGAGAAACUGUUCCUGAAAUCUGACAGCGCAGUCAGGUACAAGUUCAACCAGAAACACAUCACCAUCCCUAUUUCUGUGCCUCUGGGUGGAAAAUCCUCACAGGAUUUGUAUAUCCCCCACACCCUGACCACCCCCAACCUGGCUGUGCCCCAGAUUGGCUUGGUGAUUCCCUCUACAGAGGUCAGCAUUCCUACCUUCUCCAUACCCACCACCUACGAGCUAUCACUACCCCUUGUUGAAAUGGAAGUGUCCACCAAAGUGAACAGCAACUUCUACAAUUUGGAGGGCUUCGCUUCAAUUGAUGCCCCUGCCAAACUUGCCAAAUACAAAGUUGUGGGUGACUGUCCCAUGGCAAUCCUGUCUUACACAAUUGAAGGCACUGGAACACUCACCACAACACCUGAAGAAUCUUUGAAGGCUAUUGUGAGCAGCUCCCUAAGCCACAUGCUCAUUGAUGCCAGUGUCAGUCUUGAGGGAAUUGGAAGUAUCGCAGACAAAGUACACAUAAUAACCAACAGCAAAAUAAAAGCUUCAAGCCCUCUGGGCCUGGAGACAUCACUGCAUUACACUACCCAGUCUACCCUUGCCUCUGAUGAACUUGCUGGUGAUGGAAACCUGGAUGGAACCAUCACAUUCGGUUCUCUGUAUGCAAAUGCCACCUGCGCACAGUCCUACAUGAUCUACCCCUUCAACAGAGAGAUGAGAGGAGAGUCAACACUGAAGGUAGAGUCAACAAUCUUCCAGGCUAACAACAGGAUCAAGGGUUCCUUUGCUAAUGGUGAGCUGUCUGUCACGUCCAGCACCAACUUGUACAAUGACAUUCUGAAACACUUAGCUGAGGUCAGUUUCAAGGAUGCUCGACUCUCAGUGAAAUCUGAUGCCAUCACUAUGAUCCUUGGAGGAACACUACGAAACCAGAUUGAACUUGCUGCCUCUUUGGAUUCAGCCUCCAUCAGAGUGGAGUCCCACGCUGACCACACAUCUAAUCGUGCCUUUUCAUUGCUCUCUGGAUCCUUGAGUACCAGUGGCCUGGAGAUGAACACUGAAGGUUCCCUACUCUUUGGUGCAAGCCGUGGCUCCCAUAAGGCCACCUUGACUUUCAGGAAUCAUAAACUGACCACAAGCGGCACCACCACUCUGCAGAGUAGCCCCUUGCUUUUUGAGAAUGUCUUUAGCGGUGGAAUUGAUGACGCAGGUACGACCCUGUCGAUUAUAUCCAAGGGAUCAAUGCAGGAAAUGAAAAUUGAAAACACAAACACUUUGGCUCUUACACUUUCAAGCUUAGCCUUCCGUGCACAGACUGACAAUGUUUUCAGCGAUAGUACCUCUUAUAAACAUGACAUUACAGUUGACAUAAAGCCCUUUGUAGCUGCAAUAAAGUGCAGUACAACUGGCAAGAUUCUGGGAGCUCAUCUGAUACAAAACACUGAUUUGGAUGUUGCUGGACUGUCCUCAAAAUUCAACAAUGAAAUUCGCUUCAACACCCAAGUGUUCCGUCUUGACAGUACUCUGCGCACACUUGCUGCACCCUUUAGCCUUAGCGUUGACUCCAUUUUUAACUCUGAUGGUGAGAUGACCUUGUUUGGAAAGCAUACUGGUCAGCUAUAUAGCAAACUCCUUUUGAAGGCUGAGCCCCUGGCUGUAGCCUUUUCACAUGACUGCCGAGCUUCCACUACACACAACCUGGACAUUGAAGCCUCUGUUGAGACGCACUUUGACAACAAGAUUGACAGUCUUCUGACUCCUCAGGAGCAGAGGGGAACAUGGAGGAUGAAAUCCAAGCUGAACAAUCAUGCAUACAACCAAGAAAUUAACAUUUACAACCAACCUGAAAGACUUGGAGUGGAGUUAUCUGGAAUAGUUCUCACAGACAUUCUGAACAAGCCUGCAAAUGAGAACCAAGAAUUUAGCAUUUCCAGUUUCCUGAAGUAUGACAAGAACAGUAACAGUCAUGCCCUCAUGCUACCAUUCAUUGAAAACUUGCCUGCCAUUUUUGAACAGCUCAAAACAUCAUCUGUUCAUGUUGUAGAGUCCCUUAAACAAUACAUCAACAGAGAGGAAAUCAGAGCCAGACUUGAAAAUUUACCUGAUGCUGUGAGUGACUUUGUUAGAGAGCAGGACCUAGAGAACAAAGUCAUUGAGGUAAAGGAGAAAAUUGUUACCCUACUUCAAGAGUAUACUGUCACUCCAGAAAACUUUGAAGCUUUUCUGGAAAGCAUAAAAAUUGCCAUUGAAACCAUCAUGAAUGAUGUCGCAACCAGACUUAAAGGCAUCAUUGCUAUCAUCAAGGAAACAAUUGAGAUUGGAAGCGGGUCUGAUGCCUUUUCAAACAUUAUUACAACUAUUGUAAGCGAACUGAAUGCAAUUGAUGAGAGGUAUGAGAUCAGUGCAACUAUUGUCAGCAUCAUCACUACUGUUGAGGAUAUCAUUGAGAAGAUAGAUCUGGAAAAACUAAAGGACAGUAGCCUUGCUUGGUUGCAGGAACUUGAUGUGAAGUAUGACAUCAGAACUAAGCUUCGGGGGACAGUAAGUCAACUGAAACAGGCAAUUGAAAGCAUUGACCUAGCUGCAUUCAUUCAAGAUAUUAAAAACUUUGUCGCCUCCCUCAAUGUUGGAGGGUACAUUGAACAGCUUGUUUCUGAAAUUCCGACAGAAACAUUAAUCAAAUUGGUUGACUCCAUCAAACGUGUCAUAAUUACUUGUAUUCAGGAACUGAACAUCACAGAUAAGGUCAAUGCUGUAUUCAUAAAAGUGAGAGAAAUAAUUGUUGAGUAUGAAGUUGACAAGAAGAUGGAAAUGCUGUUGGAAAAGGUUGUGGAACUGAUCAAGCAAUUCAAAAUUGAAGAUACAGUACAGGCAGUAGUUAACACUGUAAAAUCCAUUGAUCUUCCAGCUUUGUCUGACAAAGCAAUGCAACUACUGGAUGAUGUAGUAAACCACUUGAAAACCUUAGAUAUUAAGCAAAUAAUUGAUCUGCUCAAUGAAUACAUUGACAUUAUUGUCAAAAAAUUGAAGUCAUUUGACUACAAUGCCUUUGUUGAUGAAGUGAACCCAAAAAUCACUCAAAUCACAAGUUUUGUGAAUGAGCAGAUUCAAGAAUAUGAGCUCCCGCAGAAAAUUGAAGCAGUUGGAAAUUUUGUCAGGUGGAUUCAGACUUCCCUGCUUGAAUUUGCACUUCCAGAGAACAGCCUUCCGGAAAUUCGCCUCCCUGACAUCACAAUCCCAAAACUCAAUCUGGAGAACUUUGACAUCACAACACUUCAGAUCCCUGAGAUCACAUUGCCCUCCAUCCCCAGUGAGAUCAUAGUCCCUGCUUUUGGUAAGCUAUAUGGAGAGAUCAGAUUGAAGUCUCCCCACUACAAUGUCAGGACAUCUGCAGAACUCCAGAACUCUACUUCUAACUCAAUGACUCCACAGCUAACAGCCUACCUUACAUCACAGGCAACAUCAACAGCAAAUAUUUUCGAAUAUGUCCUAGAUGUCACUGCACGUGUCGGAUUCCCAAAGCUGAGCCGUAUUAUUGUUUCUGAGACAGUUAAAUUUACCCAUACUGCUGCGUCAGUAGAGCAUCAGGGUUCAGUCACUAUCUAUGGUCUCUCAGCUCAGGCCUCAGCCAAGACCACAGCUAAAGCUACAACUGCAAUAUACACUGCAGAAUUGGUCAACAGUGCAUUCUUUGCCAUAGAAAGUGGAUUGUCUGCUUCUCUGGACACUACAUACUACCAUAAUUUGAACCUUGAGCUUGUUAGCAUUUCAAGUGAAGCCACCUUGACACACAAGGUCCUUUGUAAUUUGGAAGCUGGCACCAUUCGUGUGGCACAUGGAACCACAGGAAAUGGGAAGUGGACCUUCCAGGAUUACACAGGUGACCUAACCCACAAGAGUGACUUGGACUUCACUACCAAUAUCAACUCUGCUAAGCUGACUUUCUCUGGAAACACAGAUGGACAAAGCCUAAAAAUGAAACAAACUCUGAAUGCUGAUGGCAUUUUAUUUAGAAGCAUCACUCUUAAUGGCCGUGCUGAGACAGAAGCUCCCUUCAUUAAGAGCAGCCUUGUGGUUGUGAGUGGAAAUGUUGACAUGGGGGAUUUGAAAAUUGAACUGAAAGGUUCUCAUGACACUGAGCUUGAUGAACUAGUUAGUGGAACCAUUUCUAACUCAAUCAACCUUCUAGCGAAUCCCUCUGAGAUUAUCUUUGAUUUCCAGAACAAGGGAAAUGCUAAGGCUGAUUUCCUCUUUUCAAUGAGUGGAAAGAUUGAUCUGCAGAAUGAUUAUGCCAUUAAUCUCAAUACAGAAGUGCAGCAGAUUAACUGGGUGGCUUUGUCUCGAUUCAAUGAGCACAAAUACUUCCACAAUUUCACCCUGGACAACAAUAAGAUGGAAACUGCCAUUUUUGCAACAGUGAAUGGUGGGGCUAAUCUGGACUUUUUAACAAUCCCAAUAGAUAUUCCUGAGUUCAGUGUGCCAUUUGUUGGUGUGCAAACCCCAUCACUCCAAGAAGUAUCUCUCUGGGAAAAUGCUGGUCUGAAGACCCUCUUGACCACCACAGAACAAACGAUUGACAUUAAUCUAAAGCUUCAGUAUGAGAAGAACCCAGACAUGAUUUAUAUUGGCAUUGAUACUCUCAGAAUCCCAACCUUGGGCAACCUGAUAUUUGAUCUUGCACUGAAGUCCCCUGUGUUCUCUCUGAAUGCCAAUGCAGGCUUACAAAACCAGGAUGAUAUCAUAGCCCGAUUAGAAGCUUCCUCAACAUCUCUAUUUGACAUUUUAAAAGGUAAACUUGAUGGAACCACUACCAUAACUAGGAAGAAGAGGGGCAUCAAAAUUGCCACAGCUUUGUCCCUGGAGCACAAUAAUGUUCAGGGAACCAAUGAUAUCGCCAUCAAUCUUAAUAGGAGAGCUAUGGAGGCCUCUGUGGCAACAGUUGCUCAAGUUACUCUCCCCAUUCUGAACCUGGAAUUCAAUCAAGAACUCCUUGGAAGCACUAAGACAAAGGCUAAUGUGGACUCUAAGAUGAAGCUGAAGUACAGCUUUAACCUUCCACUGAUAGAUGCAAUUGGUAAGGGAGAUAUUGAACAGAGCCUGGCCCUGGAGGGUCUUCCUGGACAUUUCUAUCUAGACACAUCUAAUAAAGGAAAGAUUGAGGGAACCAUACUGGCAAGUGGCAAUUUUGCUGGAGCUCUGAACAAUGAGGCUAAUAUCCAUUUGGAUGCUAAUGGCCUGCGCUCUUCUGUGAGGACUGAUGCUAACUCCAAUGGCAAUUCUGGGGAGACUAACAUCUGGAGUAUGGAUUUAAAUGAGGACCUGGCCGUUGAUGCAUCUCUGAAUGGUCUGGAUGUUGGACUGAACUUAAUUUGCAACAAUGAAGUUAAUAUUGAAUCAUUAAGAACCAAGGGCAAGCAUGUUGCUAAAGGUGUAUUUGAAUUAGGUCCUUUUGCAAAACUGAGAGCUAAUUUGGAUGUUGACAUGUCACAGCCAAGCAGCCUGGGAGAGGCUAGCAUUCUUCAGAACAUUGCCCUUGAAAUUACAGCGGGGAAGCAGAAGCUCAGCCUGAAAGGCAAAGAACAACUUUUAUCUAUUGUGCACACAUACGACUUGCUGCUGUCCAAUGAUCUGCCAGAAAUUCGAAUGGAGGUCAGUGAAUCCAUUGAUGGACAUGCUGCAGUCCUGAAAGCUAUUAAGCUUCCCAUCUACCAGAAAACCCUGUGGGACGUGCUGAAAUUUGACCAGGCCACCAGUGAAGAUGAUCUGCAGUUUGUCAAGGGUGCCAUUGUUGCGGUGUGCACCAAGAACCAGGAUGGAUACAUACCAGCUGAUCUGUCCACCACUGUGAAGGUCUCCUCUCCAAUUUACAGCACAACACUGACUGCAAGCCUGGAGAACAGUGCACCUGCUUAUACUGCUUCACUUAAGUCUGCUUGCACUUCUACAUUGGCUUUCCUGGCAUACGAUCUUGAUGCCACUGUGACUGCAAGCAUUGAGGAUGCUGCCCUGAGCCUGAAUACCAAGGGUACCUUCAGCCACAGUGACCUGAGAAUGGACUUACAGCACAUCUUCUACAACAUUUUGAGAAAACAAUGGCAAGACUCUCCUGAUGCCAUCCCCUCUCGUCACAUUCUGAAUGUUGACAUUACCAGCCCAACAUUCAGUGACAUGAGCUUUCGAUAUGCAUCUGGAAAGGAACGCAUUAGCACUACCAUUUCUGCACCAACCUCUGGAUUCCUUGGAUUGCGGUUGUCACAGUCAUCUGCUCGACUCUAUGCCAGAUACCCUUCUGAACCUGAGAAAGAUGUGCAGAUCCUGAUUUUCAAGAAGUCUCAGACUGCCUUGAACAGGGAUGCCAUCAAUGACAUACUGCUGGGGCUGAAGGAGAGAGUGCCAGACAUCACUGCGACCCUGUACAACACUGUCGACAAGUACCACAGUGCCCUCUUUGACAUGGACAUCGAGAGUGCCUCACAUGAGCUGAAAAACACCCUCUCUACCACUUUCGAGAAGGCUUAUGUCACUGCUACUGACUUCCCAGAAAUGAGUGAGUUUGCUAUCCUCUUCAAGAACCUCAUCGACCAGUAUCAGAACACUGUCAAGACUGUAGUGGAUGCAGUUAUUAAAUUCCUGAGGGAGCUCCAGCUCCAGGUACCUGGGUUUGAAGAAAAGCUAAGUUUGCCGGAGCUCAGCCACAAAAUCAUGAGCUCUGUUGCUACAGUGAUGGACAAAGUUGUACAAAUGAUCAAUGACUACCUGGAGCCCUACAUUGAUGCCAUCAUUACCUACUUCAGCAACAUAAAGGUAAUCAUGCCUGGUUCCGAUGAGGCCUUACCUGCAAGCCAAGUCCUGGAAAAUCUCAAAUCCAACGUAAAGAAGAUCCAGAAUGAGAUUGUAGGAAUGGUGAGGCAUCUUGAGAGCCCUGAUGUUAUUCUGCAGAAGCUAGUUGACUUGGCUCAAGACUGUGCCAAGAAGACUGAAGAGCUGAUAGGCUUCUUACCUUCAGACACACUUGAUGCAGUUGCUGCCCAUAUAAAUACCAUCCUCUCAGAAGUUCUCAAACUGGUCAAGACAACAUUUGAGACAGUCAAUGCCAACAUGACCCUGGAACAGCUGAAUGACUCUCUGCAGUACUUGAUUGAAACAAUCAGAACCCCUGUGAGUAAGAUCACCAGCACUUCAACCAAUGGUGUGGCUCCAGCUGCUGAGGAAGUGCCGGCCCCUGAGGAUGUAGAAGCUCCUGAGGAAGUGCCUGCUAGUGAGGAUGUCCCUGCAGCUGAGGAAGUUCCCGCUGUGGAGGAAGUGCCCGCUGCAGAGGAAGUGCCCGGUGCAGAGGAUGUCCCUGCUGCAGAAGUUCCCGCUGCAGAGGAUGUCCCGGCUGCAGAAGAAGUGCCCGCUGCAGAGGAUGUCCCUGCGGCCGAGGAAGUGCCCGCUGCAGAGGAUGUCCCUGCGGCCGAGGAAGUGCCCGCUGCAGAGGAUGUCCCUGCGGCCGAGGAAGUGCCCGCUGCAGAGGAUGUCCCUGCGGCCGAGGAAGUGCCCGCUGCAGAGGAAGUGGUGGCUGAUAUGGGUGAAAUGUCCACACCAGAUGAACACUAAGCCUAUUCAGCACUACCACAUGAACUGAAAUGUUUUCUCAAAUUUAUUUUUGCCAAAAAAGAGAAAAUGUAUGCAUCAUCAAAUCCUUCAAUGUGUAUUUAAAAUGGUCUUGCUAACAUAUGCACCUUGUCAAAUCUCUUUCUUUUUUUACGUAAGCAGUUAAUACUAAUUCUGUUUGUCAUGUUGCAAGAAGUGGCAGUUAUUUACUGAGCCUUCUGUAUGUCUUGACCACUUAAGAUGUACUGAAUUAUGAGUAUCAAUAAAGACUAUUUCUUCAGCAUGAA